ACUCCUCCUUUCACUCCACUAUCUAUCUACAAACACAUUCUCUCCCCUUUCUUCUCUGCCUCUUCUUCUCUCUGUCUUUUCCUCCCUCUCUUAGAAAUGAGUGGUUUUGCUCUUAAAAGCCUUACAUUUUUCCUUCUCAUAUGCUUCCUUGUUUGGUGUUCUAGUCUUGAGCUUUGUAAUGCUAGAAGAGGAAGGCAUUGGAGGCAAACCAAGGAUGAAUCAGCUUCUCUUUAUAAGAAGAAAGUAAAGAGCCAUGCUAGUAGUGGUAGCCAUUAUCAUCAAGGAAUCCAUGGAGGCACUAGUAAGCCGAAAAAAUCUCCGCCGCCGGCGCAUAAAGGACACACCAGUCCUACGGCACCGCCGCCGGCGAAGGGAUACAAUGCCGGCCAUUCUACUGUCUUCAACGUUGUAAAUUUCGGUGCUAAGGGAGAUGGAAGUACAGACGACACAAAGGCAUUCGAAGAUGCAUGGGCAGCUGCUUGUAAGGUGGUGGGAUCAACGGUCAUUGUGCCAUCAAAGUUCGUUUUCCUUGUGGGACCUAUUUCAUUCUCAGGCCCUUAUUGUCAACAAAACAUUGUUUUUCAGCUUGAAGGUACAAUAAUAGCUCCUACAAGCCCAAAGGCUUGGAGUCCUGGACUCUAUCAAUGGCUGCUAUUCACAAAGCUGAAAGGGAUAACCAUCCAGGGUGGAGGUAUCAUCGACGGCCGGGGUUCAGUCUGGUGGAAUGACAACCCUUUGGAUGAUCCGAUCGACGAUGAAAGGAGAUUAAUUGUUCCAAUAGACCAAGAUCCAGUACAUAACAACUCGCAAAUUCCGAUUAGUAACAGUGAAGUCAGUGGGAAAAUGCCGAGUCUCAAACCAACGGCACUGAGGUUCUAUGGAAGUUUUGAAGUGAUGGUCACUGGCAUAACAAUCCAGAACAGCCCCCAGUGCCACCUCAAGUUUGACAACUGCAUUGGAGUUGAGGUCUUUAACAUGAGCGUUUCCUCCCCCGCUGACAGCCUCAACACUGAUGGAAUCCACCUGCAGAAUUCAAAAGAUGUGUUAAUCCACAGCAACAACCUCGCUUGCGGAGAUGACUGUGUUUCCAUCCAGACUGGAUGCUCAAAUGUAUACAUACACAAUGUUAACUGUGGUCCUGGGCAUGGCAUCAGCAUCGGAGGGCUAGGAAAGGACAACACAAAAGCGUGUGUCUCAAACAUCACUGUUCGAGAUGUCAUCAUGCACAACACAAUGACUGCUGUCAGAAUCAAGACAUGGCAGGGUGGAUCUGGCUCUGUACAAGGAGUACUGUUCUCAAACAUUCAAGUUUCUGAAGUACAGCUUCCCAUUGUAAUCGACCAAUUCUACUGCGACAAGAGCACAUGCACGAACCAAACAGCAGCUGUGGCUCUAUCGGGCAUCACCUAUGAGAGAAUAAGAGGAACAUACACAGUAAAACCCGUACAUUUUGCAUGCAGCGACAGUUUACCAUGUACAGAUGUCACUCUAACGUCCAUAGAGCUAAACCCAAUCCAAGAAAAAUACCACAUGUAUGAACCUUUCUGCUGGCAGACCUUUGGGGAGCUGAGCACUCCCACAGUCCCACCAAUUAGCUGUUUGCAGAUUGGCAAGCCAUCUAGCAAUCGGAUUCAAUCCGAUCACGAUUACUGCUGAGCCUAGCUAGGAUAUUAUAGUGUAUACCUAUGUGUGGUUGUGUUUUGCCGACCCCUUGAUACCAUCAGCUGUCUGCUCUAUGAAUUCUUGUUAAAAGUAUUACGUCGCUUUCCAGUGGGUGUAUGCAGGCUCUGUUAUAUUCCCAGAAGCCUACAGUGUACAGUAUGAGGUAGCCCAGUUCCCUGGUGGCUUUCCCCAUUACCAGAGAAUGAACAGGUCAUAUGCUUGCUAGAUGUGUAAUUGAUUACAAUCCCCAUAAAUUUUAUGUUUCUUCCUCUCUAGAGGAUACAUUAGCAUAA